AUGCAGUGCGCGCAGUGCGCGCAGUGCACGCAGUGCACGCAGUGCACGCAGUGCACGCAGUGCACGCAGUGCACGCAGUGCAUGCGAAGAAGCUGCGCUCACGCCGGGCGUGGGAGACGUGAGACAUGCAAGCUGUACGCGAGGCCGAGAACCCACACCUUGGCUGAGCUUGGUGUCUCAAUGGCAAGUUGGAAGCGGGCUGCGGCGGCCAAGAAGUUCGCAAGCCGUGCUGUUUCUAAGGUAAGCGGGGGCAUGUUCUCCAUGCUCGCUAAGGCCUACGCGGCAGACGAAUGGGACAGUGCAUGA